CGCGCUAACAGUUGUGGCGCAAGGUAGCAGAAGAACCCUACGAAUCGAUUUCAUUUUGGAUAACGGUUUUGAUCUCUCACUCGGCAGUUACCUUCGAAAUCCAAAAGCUUUGUGCGAGGAAAAGAGCAGUUGUUUGGGGAUUCGGCGGGUGAUUAAGUGGUGCAGGAGAGUGCAGAUGAGUCGAUUGCAAUCACCUUCCGCCCUGAAACGAAAGCGCCCGGACUCAAACUCUCAGGGUAUGACCGAUCAAGAGAGUGUCGUCUACAAGCUGAUCCACGAAAAAGAGAAUAUGGGAAUAUGGGUGCGAGACAUCAAGCGAUCCUCGAAUCUCCAAGACACCAUUGUCAACAAAUCCAUCAAAACCCUCCUGGACAAGGGCAUGAUCAAGGAAGUGAUCAACGUCCAGAACAAGACGAGGAAGACCUACCUGGCAGCAGAGUUCGAACCUUCCCCGGAACUAACGGGUGGGGCAUGGUACGACGAUGGGAACCUCGAUGUGGAUUUCAUCAAUGCUGUAAAAAAAUUAUGCUCGCAGAAGAUAAAACAGCUAAAGGUGGCUACAGUGGAGAGUGUGAUGGACUCAGUCAAGGCUAGCGGGGCGUUCAAAGCCGAUUUGAAGAAAAAUCACUUUGAAGAGAUCUUUGGUGCUCUGGUUCUGGACAACGAGGUGAUGGAAGUGGAGAGCAACGGGAUGGGGGAGUUCGCGGGUAUAAAGGUGGGGAAAGUUUGCUACAAAGCUAUUGGUAAGCGAAGAGUUGGAGCUGCUGCUGCUGCUGCUGCUGCAGCAGAGCCUAGGAUUGGGGCGAUGGCGUCCAUACCUUGUGGGGUAUGUCCAAGGAUAAGUAGCUGUACUCCUGAUGGGGUCAUCUCUCCUGGUACUUGUGUCUACUACCAGAAGUGGCUCGACUUUUGAAGAUCAACAAGCUGUGGUUUAUAGUGGAAAUGGUAAAUAGGACUCCUCUGCCUUUAUGAUUUGGAGCUUCAAUGGCUAGCUCACGGUGUAAGUCUCGAAUCGGAAACCAUUGUCCUGGAGAUAGAAGCACCCUGUUCUCUGUGCAGGGAUCAGAAGUACCGCUGCUACUUUGAAGACCUUUUGUUUUUCUUUUCUGUGGGUUUGUUUCUUUCAUCAUUAGUUACAUAGGAGUUGAUUGUUGUCCCUUCAUCAACUGCUCUGGACUUGGAUAAAUGCUUUCUGAUUAUAGAUCUCAGGUUUAGGAGCUCUUAUUGGCAAAUCUGCAACUGUCCAGAGUUCUGUUUCCUGCUGCAAUUUGACUUGGGUGCUCAAGUGGAAAGGUUAGUUAGAAAUCCACCGUCUUCAUAAGCAGCACUUUCAUUUUGAUCAAUUGCGUCAUUCAGCCAAAUGGCAUUGCCUAGUCACUUGAGAUUUGCAAUAGAAAGAAUCUCUAUUCAGUCUUCAUUAGAGAUUCAACUUAGAAUCAUUAAGGGAAAAGUAUAGUG